AUGGAGCACACGCACGCCCACCUCGUAGCCAACAGCUCGCUGUCCUGGUCCCCCGGCUGGGCCUGCGGCUUGGGCUUCGUGCCCGUGGUCUACUACAGCCUCUUGUUGUGCCUCGGUUUACCAGCAAAUAUCCUAACCGUGAUCAUCCUCUCUCAGCUGGUGGCCAGGAGACAGAAGUCCUCCUACAACUAUCUCUUGGCACUUGCUGCUGCUGACAUCUUGGUCCUCUUUUUCAUUGUGUUCGUGGACUUCCUGUUGGAAGAUUUCAUCUUGAACAUGCAGAUGCCUCAGGUUCCCGAAAAGAUCAUAGAAGUGCUGGAAUUCUCAUCCAUCCACACCUCAAUUUGGAUUACUGUGCCAUUAACCAUUGACCGGUAUAUUGCGGUCUGCCACCCGCUCAAGUACCACAUGGUCUCCUACCCAGCCCGCACCCGGAAAGUCAUUGUAAGUGUUUAUGUCACCUGCUUCCUGACCAGCAUCCCCUACUACUGGUGGCCCAACAUCUGGACUGAAGACUACAUCAGCACCUCCGUGCACCAUGUCCUUAUCUGGAUUCACUGCUUCACUGUGUACUUGGUGCCCUGUUCCAUCUUCUUCAUAUUGAACUCAAUCAUUGUAUACAAGCUCAGGCGGAAGAGCAAUUUUCGCCUCCGUGGCUACUCCACAGGGAAAACCACUGCCAUCUUGUUUACCAUUACCUCCAUCUUUGCCACACUCUGGGCCCCACGUAUCAUCAUGAUCCUCUACCACCUGUAUGGGGCACCCAUCCAGAACCGCUGGCUGAUGCACGUUAUGUCCGACAUUGCCAACAUGCUGGCCCUUCUGAACACGGCCAUCAACUUCUUCCUCUAUUGCUUCAUCAGCAAGCGGUUCCGCAAAAUGGCGGCCGCUACCCUCAAGGCCUUCUUCAGGUGCCAGAAGCAACCAAUACAGUUCUACACCAACCAUAACUUUUCCAUAACAAGUAGCCCUUGGAUCUCGCCGGCCAACUCACACUGUAUCAAGAUGCUGGUGUACCAGUACGACAAAAAUGGAAAACCUAUAAAGGUAUCCCCGUGA